CAAUAACCAACCUAAGGCAAAAAAAAAAAAAAAAAAAAAACUACAAGCCUAAAGAUGGAAGCUUAUUCUUUCUGGACUUUUCUUCUCACCUUGGCAACCUUAGCUUCUUUUAUCAUCUUAAUCUCAAAACGACUUAACUCAUCCCCAAAACUACACCCUCCGCCAGGUCCUAAACCAUGGCCUCUCAUAGGAAACCUGAACCUAAUCGGUCCUCUCCCACACCAGUCGCUCCACAAACUGUCCCAAAAAUAUGGUCCCAUUAUGCAACUCAAGUUCGGGUCCUUCCCGGUGGUGGUGGUGUCCUCGGCGGAAAUGGCUAAACUCAUUCUUAGAACACACGACCACGUUUUCGCUUCAAGACCCAAAACAGCCGCCGGAAAGUACACGGGGUAUAACUAUUCAAAACUCACUUGGUCUCCAUACGGCCCUCACUGGCGUCAGGGCCGUAGGAUCUUCCUGACCGAGCUUUUUAACUCGAAAAGACUCGAGUCUUAUGAGUACAUUCGCGUCGAGGAAAGGCGUCAGUUCCUUUCGCGACUAUUCGCCUUGUCAGGUAAACCCGUUGUCAUUAAAGAGCAACUCUCACGUGUGACUCUAAGCGUUAUAAGUAGAAUUGUUUUGGGUAAGAAGUACUUCAAGGAGCCCGAAUCGGCGUCGUCAACACCCGAAACGACGUCGUUGGUGAAACUGGAAGAGUUUCAGGAGAUGUUGGAUGAGUUGUUUUUGCUUAAUGGGGUGUUAAACAUUGGGGACUGGAUUCCGUUUCUUAGUUUCUUGGAUUUGCAGGGCUAUGUGAAGAGAAUGAAUAGUUUGAGUAAAAAGUUUCAUCGGUUUCAUGACCAUGUUAUUGAUGAACACAAGGCAAAUAGAAUGGAGCAGGGACAAAAGGGUAAUUUUGAACCUAAGGACAUGGUGGAUUUUCUGUUGGAGCUCCGUGAGACCCCUGACCUUGAAGUUAAGCUUAGUUAUGAUAGUAUCAAGGCAUUCAUUCAGGAAUUAGUAGCGGGAGGAACAGACACUUCAGCAACGACGGUGGAAUGGGCAAUGUCAGAGGUGAUAAGACAACCAAACAUCAUAGAAAAAGCAAAGGAAGAACUGGACAGAGUCAUAGGACAACAAAGGUGGGUCGAAGAGAGAGACAUCCCAAACCUCCCUUACAUUGACUCCAUAAUCAAAGAGACCAUGAGAAAACACCCAGUUGCUGUUUUGCUCGCCCCACACUUCGCUUUACGCGAUUGCCACGUCAGCGGCUACGACAUUCGCCAAGGCACUACGGUCUUCGUUAACACCUGGAGUUUGGGUAGAGACCCAUCGGCGUGGGACAAACCCGACGAGUUUCGGCCCGAGAGAUUCUUGGAGCCUGAUAAAAUGGGCGUGGAUAUUAACGGGCAGAGCUUCGAGCUGCUUCCAUUCGGGUCGGGUCGGCGGAUGUGUCCGGGUUACAGCUUGGGGAUUAAGAUGAUAAGCAGUAUCUUGGCGAAUAUGUUGCAUGGAUUUACGUGGAAGUUGCCUGAGACUAUGGAUGGUGAAGAUGUGAGUAUGGAGGAGGUUUAUGGAUUGGCCACUAUUCGAAAGGUCCCACUUGUUGCGGUUAUGGAGCCUCGACUUCCCAUCCAUCUUUAUUAGUUCCCUCCUUUUAAAUGCUAUCUUGUCAAUCAUUGUGUAAGUUGUUGGGAAAUAUCGAUAUUUGAUAUUAUCCGCUUUACCCUUAUAUAUCUUUCUCAUUUCUGGCUACACAGCCCACAUAAGUAAUUAGUUUUAGUUUUUUUCGGUGUGCUUUCUUGUGUGGUGAUUGAGCAUGGUUAUUUGUCCAUACAACUGUAUAAUUAUUCAGCAAUUUGUGUAUAAUAUAUUAUUGAAAAUGUAUGAAUAGUGAUAUAUAUAUUUAUGAAUCAAAAUCCUAUUAAAAAA